CUUCUUCUUCUUCUUCUAUGUGAUUUGUUUGUGUGUGUGUGUGUGUAUUGUUUUCUUUCUGUCAUGGGCUUUUUCUCCCAUCUAUCUCUUGCAUGUGGUUCUUCUGUUUCCAUCUUAGAGUCUCUGAAACUUCCUGCUGGGUUGCUCUUCAUGGAUUUUCCUUGGGAUCUUGUUUUGGUCCCUGCAUCAGUUUGCAUCAGCCACGUCCUUGUUGGAUCUUUCAUCUGAUCAAUCGUUCUGCCCCGUCUCACCCCUCUCUCCUUGCCAUCCUUGAACCCUUUUGCUUGGAUCUUCUUGGGGGCGUGUGUGGGUGGGGUUCCUGGUACCUCUUUAAGAAGAGAAAACUCUAGGAAGAGGGUUUUCUUCAGAUUUCCCUGUCCUUUUUGGCCCAGGAGGGUUGAUAUGAGCUUCUUCAUCGUGCUUCCUUUAUACUGUGUGUAAUUUCGGCUACUUUAUUCCCUUGUGUUCCAUCCUAGGAAUCCAUCAUGUUAAUUCUCAUCUCCAUGACCUUUCCGUCCUUUCUUCUCUUCUAUCUAGUUCGAUUAGUGGGUGGCUAUGCUUUUGAUUCUCCUCGUUGGUUUGGUUCUCAAACCUUGAUUAGUGGCUCGUGUUAUCAUUUCAUGUGCAGGGCUUCUGCCAAGGUCUUCUUCUUCCUCCUCGAACUCUUCCUACUAAUCUUUCAGUAAACUGGUUUUGGCUUCCUGAAAUGUUUUUACGGGUGUGGCUGCUCCUUCGGUCACAUAAAAUGACAGCUCUCGAAGUUUUCCAACCACAUAAAUUUUCAAACUUCGAGUGUCUUUUGUUUCCAAGGAGACUGAUCUCAUCUUCUUGGCUUAGACCCACACGAAUCCAGUAUCAAGUAUACAUGAAAUAAUGUUUUAGAAGCCUCCACCUUGCAAAAAGUGUGCUAUUUCUUCUCUGGUAGCUGCCUUCACUUUUGCCUAAGUUUAGUUUUUCUUUCUUGCUUUGUGCAAUCUUGCAGGCAUCAAGUCAGGUGAAGAGAGGGAGAAGGGUGGUGGUGUUUGUCCUUUGCUGGAUCUUACUGCUCUCCUUCUUUUGAGGGGUUUUUAGGGAGCUCAAGUCCUUUGUUAUGCUGGAGGCUAAGGAUAAGAGAAGGCACAGUAGCAGUAGUGCUCUUGGGCUGCUACUCCUGUUGGAAGAUUUAGGAGGAAAACUGGACAACGCUUCCUCAGAUGUUAUCCACUAAAAGCACACCACACCCUUCAUGUUCCUCCAAGCUUCCAGCACCGGGAACAGGUGAGUGUGCUUCUGAAAAGCUUCCCUUUCAAGAGAGAAAUCCCAUCCUCGAAGAGACACCAACUCCUAAUUUCUCUAUAAGAGAUUAUGCUUUUGCAACAAGGAGCAAAGGCCUUGAGUCAAGUUGGCCAUUUACGCCACAUUUCUUGCAGCUUUUCCUGAAGCACGGUGUCAAAGAUCUUUUGCCACCUUUCGAAACUCCAAGUUUGGUGAGAGUCCAGUGUAGCAGAAAGGGAUCGGAAUCUGUACAACCUGUUAUAUGCUCAGAAAUUGAACAGAUACUAACGCAUGCUGAUCCUCCAGUGGAGGCUGCUAUUGUCAGACAGCAAUCGUGUUCAUCAUUAGAGAAACCAUCUCCUGAUAGGAAGGCGUUAAGUUGUCAGAGAAUCUGUAAAGAUGAACUGGCUCAUUGUGAUGCCGAAACUGGCUGGAUAAGAAACCAUGAGCAAGUCGAAAGAACUUCCAGUGAAACUGGUGGACCUUCCUCCUCAUUAUCUAAAGCACCUUCAGAAAUAGAUGUUUUUGAACAUACUAAAAGCCUUCAAAGCUCACAUGAAUCGUUAGAAAAGAAAUGCAGGUUGAUAGUCAAAUUAGGUGUCAUAUCUAGGAGCUGUCAGGCAGAGGACAUAAUAUCUAACUCUAGCACAGUUUCAGAUCAUAUGGCUUCAAAGGUUUGUCCAGUUUGUAAAACAUUUUCUUCCACUUCAAACACAACUUUGAAUGCUCAUAUAGAUCAGUGCCUCUCAAUGGUGUCCAACAACAACUGGGUUUCAAACAAACUCUUAAAACCAAAAGUGAAACCGAGAAAGAAGAGACUGAUGGUGGAUAUUUAUGCUACUGCUCCUCACUGCACUCUUGAAGAUCUUGAUAGGAGGAAUGGCACAAACUGGGCCAUCGAAUUGGCAUUUACCACAGCAGCAACUGUUGGAGUUGAUGUGGAAGCAAAGAAACCAAAGUUACCAACAGAUUCUAGAGACAGCGUAAAUGAAGGAGCAGUAUAUGUUGAUUCAAAUGGCAUAAAACUCAGAAUUUUAUCCAAGCUCAAUGAUACACCAGAGUUGAAGAAAGAACGGAAGUUUUUGAAGCAUGCAGAAGUAAUUGAGACAACCAAAAAAAAUUUCAUCCGAAAGAAGAAGCACUUGACGACAAAGUACUCGAAGAAGAUGAAAGUGAAGGCACAGAGAAAGAAACUGAGCUCAUAUUUGCUGUUGAAAGCACAGAUGAAAACUGCACAUGAAGGAGAUUGUCCUAUGGAUACUUGUUAUGAGAAUGAAGAAUCAAUAAACCCAGAAAUCUUCCCCAAGGGCAGUGGAUCUGCUUCUUCAAGGCAGUGGAUGUGUUCUAGACAAUCCGAUAUCCUGAAAAAGCCUCUCAGAAAGAAUGUUCAUUGUGUGUCAGAUAAUAAUGUCACCAGAAGCAGGCUUGCCAAGAGUAGCCAUCUGGAUCCUGGUAAGUCUUCUGUUGCUAUAAGUGAUCAAUUGAAGUUUUCUAGGUUAUCUGAAGACUUUGUCAGCUCUCCAAAGAUGAUCCCCUCCAUGGUCAAUGGCUUUGAAAACUCUGAAAAGCUUCCUAUCUCCAGUUGCAAAUGGUCAUCAAAAAGUACUGUGAAACAUGGUCUCCUAUUGAGAAUAUUAAAAUCAUCUGGGAGUUCUGUGACUCCUAGGAUCAAAACAAAGGAGAUUGACCUGGAUAUCCAGCAGGAAUCUGAUAAGCUUUCUCAGAGGACAAAACUUUCUUCCAAGAUCUCUCAUUCCUCAAUAGAGGACCAAAUCAAUUUAACUUGGCAACAGGAUGACUCAGUUAAAAGACCAUCCAUCAACUUGGAAGCAGGGAAAGGUGAUCUAAGUGAGAAAUCCUUUUCCUUUAAAACUUUCCGUAAGCAUAGAUCCAUUUCCAAGAGUGGAGUAGAAUUUCGGACAGCUAUCCGCAGAGGACUGCAUGGACCUGGUGUUGAUAUUUCAAGAACAAGUAAUUCACUAGGAUCCCAUAAAUUUGGUUGCUCGAAGAAGAAUGUUGCAAUAUUUGCAGCAGGAGAGAUGAUGAAUCAUGCAUCUCCAAACAUGAACGAUGUCCUAAGACCUGAGAAAAGAGAUGACAGAAACAUAAUGGAAAAGCAGAAACACAGUGCUUUGAAGAGGUUGCGCCUUGAAACUGAAAACCACGAUCCUGAUUCUGAAAACUUGAACAUGCAACUAGAGGUCUUUGGCUCUGGAAAUUGUGCCAGUAAAUCUUCAAUGGAAAUGGCUACUGCCAAUCCUUCCCAUAAUGGUAUUGUGAGUUCAGAAAACCUGCAAGCAACAUUUGGUGCCAGAUCAGAGCUUUCGCCAUCGGCUGAACAAGUUCAACCUAUAUCUAAAAGCAAGGCCCACAAAGAACAAUUAGUGGAAGGAUCCGAGAAGCAAGAGGUGAACUGUGGUAGCUUGCCCAGCGAAGAUAUUGAUGGCCUUAAUAGCCAAAUAACAGAUGAAAUGGCAGUCAGAGGGGAAAAAGGCUCUUGUGUUAUCGAGCUCACAGAGUGUACGGCUGAUACCAUGUCCAUCCAAGAGUCUAGUGGCUGCUUGACUAGUCAUGAGGAUGUGGGGCCUCAAAUGCCCCAAAAGGGGACAUCAAUAACCUCAGUUAUAACAACUACAAAUGAUGCUACAAAUUUGGCUAGUGAAGACGAACCAUGUGGAUCACCUGUGUCAACUGCCUCAACUCUCUCCCUCCCCUCUUCAGAGGACUCCAAAUACACAGAUUCAGAGGCUGAACCAUUAGCAAUUGCUAUUAAUUCUCAAGACAAGUCGGAUUUGAUAGUACCAAUUACUGAAGACACAGUAGCAGCUGCAGAAAGAAAUGCUGAGGGCAGAGAUCACGAAGUGAAGGAAAAUCUGCCAGCAAAAGAGCCUAACCACUCACUGGAGAAUAAGUUAUUCUGUUGCUCAUGUAGGGAGAGCCUCUCAAGAGAGUCUCAAUUAUUAAGAUCAAAUGCUGCCCACAGGACAACCAAGGGAAAGCAGCUGUCCAACUUGUUUGCCAGGCCAAUAGUCUCUUCUUCUUUUAGUUCGUACAAGAAUCAGAGAACUAAUACUAUGGCCAGCUCCAGCUUGCAACCAGAUAGGCAACCUACUUUCGUUAAGCGUUCAUCAGAUUCUUCAGCCAUGGUUCCAACUUCCAGUGUUGCUACCCCAUCAUCUCAGCCACAUAACCAGUCAAUUUCCAGUCCGAUCCUUAGGUUGAUGGGUAAGAAUUUGAUGGUGGUGAAAGAUGAAGAGCUUGUGCAACCCCAAAGUAGAGUUUUGGAUUACCCAUCACAUGUAAAUUUCCUGUCUCCUCCUGGAUUUGGCUCAACCAACAGCCUUCUGAAGCAGGAGAAUUUUCGACACCAUCACCACAUCUUCGGCGGUUCUCCUGUCCUUGACUCGGCUGUCUCAAUGGAUGAGCACAAAUUUCCCAUAUGCCUGCCUAGCACACCGAUGGCUGGUUAUUCAGUCACUCCCCAGCAUGCUUUUUUUGUGCCAAGGCCUGAUCAGCAGAUUCAGCAAAAGAAUGCAUAUAAGAGGGCCAAAUCCUCUCCAUCUCCUUAUAUGAUGAAUGAACUGAUUGUGAUCAGCGACUUUCCCGAGACUGAUAAGGAACCAACUUUAAGCAGUCCGACAAGCACUUUGCCUUUUGCUGCCUCAGGUUUGAAUCCUUCGUCUCAGAGACCAUUUACCUGCUUUUCUUCACAGAACCACAUAAGGGACAUUCCUGGUGGCCUGAGACCAUUGUUACCAAACCCAUUCACUGGGGUCAAUACUAGUUUGAUGAGAAGAGGAAGCACUUCAGAAGGACGUGGUCCUCUACUGCCUAGCCGCUUUGUGUUCCACUCUCCUGCGGCUGCUCGCACGCACCCAUCAUUGUAUUACUCGCAGACCCUUCGCUGAUCCUCCCUGUACAAAGUGCUCGUAGAACAAAUCUCUUCUCAGGUUUCUCUUGCAGCGAUGUAGCCACCAAAACUUGUUGUUUUACAGUUGGGUUACCUUGGUUAGACUUUUCAAUGUACAGGCCUUUUAAACAGUCAUGAAGCAUCCACCUGAAGAAAAAGACCGAAAUUAACUAGAAUCUUAGUACUCUUGAAAUUUUGAAGUGUUGUGUAUCAAAAUAUGGAUGUUUCGAAGGCCUUGUUGGCUGCAACAGAGAUCUUUUCUCUCUUCCAAGUGCAUGUAGAACUCUGAAUAAUCCAUGCAUUUGAAUCUUCCCAUCAACUAUGGCAAUAAAUCUUUUUUAGAAUUGUCUUUGGUCA